AUGGGUUUGCGCCGGCAGCUGGUGCUGCAAACUGCAUGCCUUUUGUUGCUUCACCUGCCGUGCUCAACGUUUAGCACCUUUGACUGCAGUCAGGGCGAAUCAACAGUGUUUGCACUUCGAGAUGACGGCGCAGGCGUCUAUGAUAUUGCAGGCCUUCUUCCAAACGCGACGUGGCAACGGCUUUUUCAACUGGACGUGGGAGCUGGACAGGUGAAUGCCUGCGAGGUUAAUCCGCAAGACUCAAUACUGUAUUGCCUCAUCACGUACAGCGACGGUGUAUUCGUAGCACGUGUUGCAGAGAAUCGGACUGAGCUCGUCGCACGCCUGCCGAGUGGCACGAGUGUCCGAUCGGCCGCGUUUCGAAGCGACGGCACUCUCUAUGUUGCAGGCAACACGACCAUCAGCUCUUUAGAAGGUCUUGCGUCUAUUUCGGAGCCCAACGUGACUGACCGGACUUGGUCUGCCAACGUCUCACAUGGCAUCCCGCCGACAGCGGUCGGCGGCAUCGUUGUAUACAUGGAAGACACUUCGACUUACGUCGCGAGUAUGGUGCCUUCCGGAUUUCUGCGCUGGCACGAGGGCUCGGGAUUCCAGUCCUUUACCGUUUCAGGAGCUCCAGUUGGCACCUACAGCAUGGCUUGGCAAUUUGGCUCCAGGCUGCUCUUUGCCACCGAGAGCGCCAUGGUUGAAGUCUUUCUGGACUCUCUGGAUUUCACGGCUAUGACGGUGCUGGCGCGGGGCGUCCUGGCUUUGGACUUCCAAAGUCUGCUGGGUGGUAUCAGCUGCUCCUCCGUGCCGCCAUCCUUGCCCUACAGCUGUAGUGCUGUGCCGAACGUAGCUCUGCUGCCUGAAACAGCCCUACAGGAUUGCGGCUCGGACCCUCUAAACGGCUCCACCUGUCCGUUCAACUGCACCAACGGCCUCUCGCGCGCUGGGCAGUUGACAUGCGUGAAUGGAUCUUGGGUCGUGGACGGGGCAGAUCCCCCUCGUUGCAUUCCUCCUUGUCAGAAUCUUCCGGGCGAGGAAGAUGUUAGAACACGAACGACACUUAUCGGCUAUGAGUUUGGAUACUGGGCAUCGCCGACUGUGUCAAGCACAAGCACGACCACUACGCUGCCAUGCGACCGGACUCAGGCACAGAUGUGCCUGGAGGCGGUCAUAUCAAUCACGGAUAUCGAGCUAUUCUGCGUAGCACUGCCCGCUGCCAUUACAUGCCUGCGAGAUGCUAGCUGUUGCUUGGAUGCUGAGCAGCCGAUCGAAGGGAGCAUCAACAGCUGCUUAGAUGCCGGACUGCAAGUUGAAAACGCUUGUGGGAAGCAGUUGGAUCUGGACGAGACCUGCGACGCAGACAGUGCCGCUGCGAACUGUCUUGCUGGUGUCCCGGAGACAAUGAACUCCAACGAAAGCUGUCUCGAGCUGGCGCGGGCACCCCUGUGUCUUUUCAGCAAAUCUUGCUGCCCUCUCCUUUCGAAUAUCGCGAAUCUAGAGGCGCAGGUAAGCACCUGCGCUUCGUUAGGUGUCCACGUCGAGAACCCGUGCCAAGAAGAAGAGCUUCCAAUCGCAAAUGAGGGAGCGAUUUUCAGGGAGAGCUGUCGAAGCCCGAGGGUGCCGGCUGACGACAGCGUCUCGGAGGAGGACUAUGUCUGCAAGGAUGGAUCAUUUUCUAUAUUGGGGGCAUCCAACCUGACCUGUGUAGACCUUCCAUGCCACCUGAGUUCACACCCAGACGGUGCAUACGAUUGUGUACUGGAUGGGCAGCCGGGCCCUCUUCAGCUGAUAGAAGAUGUGGAGGGCGAGGGAUAUUUAGUGCCCUUGGGCGCUGCCUGCUCACUUCGCUGCGAUGCGGACUACCAGCAACCAGUUCCGCCGGUGGAGUACCGAUGUGCAUAUGCCGAGAGGGCCUAUCCUGACAUCAUCUACUUGUCGGAGCUUGUGUCCUCCAGCGCAGUUCCGCGGAUGGUCGAGCGGAGCUUGUCCGGGAGUCUGCAACCUCUGGUAACGAGCCAGGUUUGCAUGGACAUCAACUGUACGUUGCCGACUUUGGAUGACCCUCUGCAGCCAAAUAUUCUCAGUAUCAAUUGCACAGGUAUCUCCUACAACUCCACGUGUGCCCCCGUAUGUGCCGCGGGCUAUCAGUCAGACGGCCACGAGCUGCGUUGUGCUGCGGAUGGCCAAUUCCAAGGCUUUCUUCGCUGCCUUCCACUGCCUUGCUCUGGAGAGCCACUGUGGUCGCCAGGAGAGCUGAAGGAUCCAGCCUGUGCGGGGCGACCGCACGGCGCUGUCUGCGACAUCCGCUGCUCGCCAGGGUAUGAUCCGGACCCCGAGGCCACCCACUACGUCUGCGAGGCUAGCGAGUGGCGCAUCGAGAACGGCAAGUCCACGCCCUGCGUAGAGAAAUCUUGCCCGGAGGCGCCGCAGAUACGGAACGCAUUGCCUAGCAGUCUGCUGACCUGCGCCGGCCAGCCUGGCGGGUUCAAGUGUCCCGUCGAAUGCAUUGAGGGUUACUCCUUCACCGGCAGCGUGACUUGCACUAUGGGAUCCUAUGUUGUGGAUGCCCUGGGGUGUGUGCGUGAUUCUGUUGCCACUAUGCCAACCACAGUGCUCGGUGCAGACCUUACCGUAGUCUCUGCGGCAACCAACAACAGCGACGACAAAAGUAUCGCCGUGGUCUCCAUGAGAUCGUCGCUCGUGCUCGACCCGACCCUUUCUCCAGAAGACUUGGGUUCGCACGUCGCAGUGGAUCUCUUGGCAACGAACCGCUCCUCCCCGCUGAACGCUACCCUGGCCGUUUGGAGUGCAGCGCUGAGCUCAGACCUCUUGCCAAUUGCAGCCAUCACAGCUGCAGUCAGUGCAGGCCUAGCAGUCGGGGCUCCUGUGGCUGCAUUUUCGGCCUUGGCCGAACUGGCGCUCGGUUCACUCAGCGUGAAUGAGAGCAUUGCCGGCAUCACACAUGUGCUGAUGUCCAGCGUGAACGACACGGCCAGGCUUACUAGCAUCCUAGGCGCGGCCUUAGAUGCUGUCUCUUCCACGGCCCUGAUGCAGUCCAUGCCCGAUUCUGUUGGAUCUCGGCGCUUGGCCACGGACACAGCGGCAAGCAUGGGUGACACAGUUGCCGAGACCGCCAACAGCAUUGGGGGCCAGCUUCCAACACAGGAGACAUCAGUUGAGCUUUCUCGCAUCCAUGACGGGGCGCUCCUUGCCGGCAAAAGCCUACUUUUUGCAGACACAGCUGUGGCUUAUGCACAGACGCGCUGGUUGGGGCUGCCGCUGCCGCAGCUCUCCACAGCACGGCAGGGUCUGGCUAACGUCAUUCGGCAAGCUGCUGAGGGCGCCUACGAAGCAGGACUGUCGAUUGCCAGCCGGUCAAGAAGCCUGCUGGAUGUGGCUCAGCAGAUGGGGAACACCUUGGGCGACUUGCAUCCAGAUCGGGGGGCGGCAGCAGCUCAUUCGUUGGGCCUGGAGUUCGGCCUCUCCCCCAUUGAGGCACUGCAGCUAGCCGCUGCCACGGCUUUUCACCUCCAUGUCGGCCGUUGUGCAGACACGGCUUUUCGCUGUCUGCCCUGGCGCCUCAUUGCCAUCCGGGACUCGGGCCGAUCCAUGGCAAACUUGCUGAGAUGGCGCUCGGGGCCGCACGCAUUGGAGGCAGGACACAUGGCACUGGCGGCUGCAGCGGCCGCAGAAAACUCCCUUUCUGGCCUGGAGGCCGAUUUGGAGGCCAAGCUGGCCGCAGCCGCCGGAGCCAUGUCCGUCUUCGGCCUGACAGAGCAAGACAUGAGCCUUCACGCACCAACACUCGCGGGUGCAGACGUUCCUAUCGACGCGGCGCGUUCGGCCUGGAUGCUAGGCAUGUCCGAAAAGGCGGAUCGAGUUUUGCAGGUCUUGCAGGGCACCACAGAGACGGGUGCUGCCUUGGCAAUCCGUCUGGGCGAAGACCUCAUGUCAGAAGUCUCUCCUUGGGAAGGGCGUCUCGCCGUGGAGUGGGCCAUGAGCACCGGAGGAAACAGUCAGAGGAGCUCGCGCAGUGUGGCCGCGAUGUCUGCUGCUCUCCUUGCUGGUGCGACGGCCGGUGAUCUGCUCGGGGCCUUGAACUCUGCAAAUGUCGUGCCGGUGCAGAGGAGAAGUCCGAACUCCGUGGCGGCCGCCGUGGCAGCAGCGUUGCCUAGUGCGGAGGCAUCUGCACGCUGCGCUGUUUCGCAGGCCAUCGCCAUCUCGUUUCAACUUACGACCGUCGAGGCUGCGCGAGCAGGAGCUUUGGCGACGGGAUUUGACAUGGCUCAGUACAGCGUGGUGCUGCAGGCCGUAUCAGAGGCCUCCGACAGCCCAGGCUCCUUCAGCUCUGACGUGGCUCCCGUCUUGGGAGCCUUGAACGGCACGGACAUGCAGCAGUUGAGUUUGGCUUUCGCUGUGUUUAUGGGGCGGUUCUCCUGGGAGGGUGACCUAACGACGCCGCUGGCCUCCGCCCUUCGCGCGACAGUAGGAGACGAAGAUCCUGGCCUGGAGCACGAUACGGCGCUGCUGUCGCCGUUGGCCGUUUGCGUUGGAGCUGAGCUGUGGGAGCUGGUGGCAGCGGUGCAGAUGGCACGGGACGGCACCUCCCUGAAGCAUGCCUCCAUGGUUCUUGGCCAGGCUGCCUUUCUGACCAGCCAGGCUGCAGACAGUUCCAUCUUUCAAGUUGCUUCGAUCCAAGCUGCUGUGAAGCGAGCUCAGCGGAGAAGGGACGAGGCCGCAGGCAUGUGGACGAUCGGCUCUCAACACCUUGCGGUCACGCCGGUUGCCGCUCUCUCGGCCUGGAGGGCACUCAGGGAUGGAAACGACACCGCUUCGCUUGUGCAGAAGGUGGAGCAGGCCGUCCUGAACUUGACAGGCGGCAGGGACAACGAAACGCUGGCUUCUGCAGCGCACUUCGCCGCGGCCUACGCCGGCUUCAGCGCCGACGACGCUUCGCAAGCUGUUUACCAGGUUGCUGGCAGCACCGGAUUCCCAGGGCUGCUUGCAGCAUCAUGGCCGGCAGGGGUGCCCGUGAUGUCGAGCCUUCAAAACCCAUCCUCAUCCGCUGUCCGGGCCACAACCGCGGCCUUGGCCCUUGCGAUGUCGGACGGCACAGUUGAGAGCUCCAGUCAGUGCCUGAACGGAGCGGCAGGAGCUGUGAUCUGCGAGAAGCCUACCUGGCCCAGCGACACCUGCGCGCUGCAAUUGGGCCUCACGGAGAACUUUACCUGCAAUGCUUUCUGCGCAAGUCAAUCCAGCACAGUUCUGCAGACAAGGUGUCUGGACUUUGCCAUCGCUGCAGCGUCAACCUGUGACGCCUCGAAUUCCACGGUUCUUCCUGACCCAUGCGGCUACGCUGCUACGCUACAGGAUUCGAGUCAGAUGGGCAUUUGCGUUUGCAGUGGCCGCCAGCGUGCCAACAACCACGCCGCCAGCAUUGCAGCCGGACUGGUCCGGAUCAGCGCAGAAGCGCAGGUGAUGAGCCUUCUGGGUGGUAUUGCUUACCAUGUCGUCGCUCCAUGGCGCGUCAUCUCGGCUGCAGCGCUGCAACUGCAGGCUGGCGCAACUUCAGCACAGAUUGCUGAAGCAGUCAACGUUGCUGCAAACAGUGAAGGCGCGUUCAGCAUCUCCGGUGAACAGGCUGCCUAUGCCGGGCACUUCUUGGCGUCUUCUCUUGGUCUGAACGGAAGUUCUUCUCUUGCAGCUGCUGUGGAGGCCGCCAGUCUGAGGGACCCAACGGGAAGGCUGCAGCACCUCACGGCGGUGCUGGCAUUCCGCGGAGUUCCUGCAGAAGAGGCCCUCAACCAGACGAUCGCCGCGAUGUUGUCGGCUCUCCCGCAAGACUCAACCGAAGCGCUCAUUCAGGGGGUCUGGUGGUACCAGCUCUUCCUGGAGGGGGCCGUCCGGCCAUGGCGUCUUGGCGACCUGAGAGAUGCCUUCGAAGGCGUGGCGCCGAGCCAGUUUGCCCUGCUGGAUGCAGCGGCCCGGACACGGGCCGUACUGGUGGCAGAGAGCGGUGUGACGCUAGGUGAUGCUGUGGUCACGAUUGCAAGUGCAACCAAUCAUACAGGGCCGGAGGAGGUUCAACAUGCCGCUUAUGCUGCUGCACUCUUGGCAUACCUGAGCACAGAGGAGGCUGCUGCGGCGGUUGCCGGUGCCGCUUCGGCUCUUGAUGCAGACGAGACGAGCGCUGCGGUGAGAUUGUUGAACUAUUUCCUUGCGAGCGGAUACAACAUCAGCCAGGCGUCUGCGAUCGUCUCGACGGCGGGUUUUGGCAGCCAAGAUGCAGAUCUUCAGACUGCAGGCUCUCACUUCCAGGAGCUCUUCCCGCCACGAUCCGUUUGGCAGCCAGCCCUGGAUCAGUGGAAGCUUCCCACAGGAUUGCCAACGGGCGGAUCAGCUGUAGCCAUCGGCAAGGUUCACGAGCCCUUCUUGAUUCAGGGCCUGGCCACUGUCUUUCAGGUUACCCCAGCCCAGGUUUUUCUUCGCUCGUUCUCUCGCCGGCUGUCGUCGAGGCACCUUGCAAGGCGUCUGUCGGAGCUGCCCAAGUGCAACAUCGACUUUGUGAUCGAAAUCGGCGCAAGCGAUGAUGCCGUGGUCCUUUCGCAGCGUGUGGCGGAAUUCGCCGCUGGGUCAUCAGCCCUUUACACGCAGUUCGAGCAAUCUGUGCAGCAGGAGCUGGAAGGAGCCGGACUGGAAAUGCCCAGCUGCUUCCGAGAUGGAAAAGUCGCAGUCGCAAAUGUGGAGGUUGUUGACAACUUCGUGCUUCCCGAAUCGGUGUGGCUGGCUGAUUCUGACUGGAGUCAGUGCCAAGAUCAGUGCAUCGCCGAGUCGAUCCAGACCAGAAGUCUCAUCUGCAGCACCGGCAACGAGUUUGCAUGCAACUUAUCAGGCACACGGCCUUCGACAGAGCGGCCUUGCGAGAACUUCGAGAACUGCGCCUUUGAAUGGGCAUGCCCACUCGGUGGGAAAGCCAGCGACAUGGAAUGUCACGAGCAGAUCCUCCUGCUUGUGGGCAUCAUAGUUGCUGGGCUGCUCGCUCUUUGGUGCUGUUGCUGCCUCGCCUAUCGUUUUGCUCGCGCCUUCAGGCCUGUCGCAGGUCAGCUGAAGCUGAUGACCCCAAAGGGGGAGGCCAUGAAGGUCAAUUUCUACAUCGUCGAGGAGAGCGAGGUCCGUGUGGACAAGACAAGGACCACUCAAACGCAGGACUCCUCAGCUGCCUCGAGUGCUCUGGGGAGAGGAUGGUCGCACGUGAGCAGCAGAACUUCGCAAAAGGAAGUGAAGUCUCACGUGGUCUGGGAUGUGGACGUCGAAAAGGCCAAAACGAUGGAGUUCCACGAGGGCAAGAUGACGAAGCUCCAGAAGCUCGCAGGGGCCAAUGCAUCACAGCAAGAAGUUCUCCAGCGCCUUCCUGAAGUACUCGACACGACGCAGCAGGAUGAGUACAGGACGAAGCAGAUGCUGCGCGAACAGGAGGAGGAGGCGAUCAGAAGAGCCGAAACGACUGCUGACCCGGAACAGGGGUCGCCCGUGGCGAAGAUCAUGUCGGUGAAGAGUGGCAUUUCCGCUUCGCAGAUGGAGGCAGCACUUGGCAUUGGACCUUAUGUGAAAGAAGAACGAGUGGAGUACUGGUCAGCCACGCACUGCAAGUGGUUGGCAGCAUUCGCCGAAUCUCAUGGCCCCCAUCCCAGCACAGGCUCCAUCUGCUAUGAGAUCAAGCUGGCAGGGAGCACGCAGAGACGGCUGCAUGUUCCGCUCGAGAAUCUGCGGUCGCCGAUUCUUAUGGGGGAGCCCGUUUCCGCAUGGUCUUCGAAGGAUCGUCGCUGGCAUCUCGCUGAGGCGGGUCGAGCGGUCACAGCAGUGGCCUACAAGGUCGUAGCAGCAAACCUGGCGAAGAAGGACCCCGUCUUCGACAACUUGCAGCCACACUUUGUAUGGCGCCGCUUCGAGGAAGGAAUGCCCGUGGAAGUCUACAGGAAUCCCACGCUAGGCUGGGUUUCAGCAAAGGUGGUCAGAGAUGCUGAGAUGACAGACAAACCCUACGAGGAAGCUAUAGACAAAGGACGCCCUCCCAACUGGUUUCCUGUGCUCGUGGAGUAUGCAGACUCGGGGAUGAAGGAGGAUGUUCCAGCAUACCUUCUUCGUCGGGAAUGCAUGUCCUUGUAA